AUCCCGGAAAGGCGCAUUAUCAUCAUCAUCGUCGCAUCUCUCUCUCUCUCUCUCUCGUGUCUGUCUGAGCUCUCUUCUUCGUCUCUUCCUCUCUUCUGGUCUUUGCUUCGCUUGAAUUGCUGGUGCAGUCUCCGUGUCUCCGCCCCUCUCUCUCUCUCUCUUUCUCUGCUCCUCCCCGCUUUCUCUUCUCUGCUUCUUGCUCACUCCUCCUCCCUCCUCCCUCGCUUCUCCCUUCCCUUACCCCCCGUUCCCUUCUUCUUCAUCCUCGCUGCCUUCUCCCUCCCUCCUCAUGUCAUGCAGUCGGUACCUGCUCCCUCUUCUCUGUAUUUCGUAGCGGUACCGGCAGUGUCUUUACCUUCGCAACCGUAUUCCUUACGUCUUUUCCCUCUUCGCUUCUCAGUUCUGGCUGCCACCACUUUCGUGCAAUCCCUUCUAAGCCAGGAAGAUCCGUCUUGAGGGAGGGGUUCCUGUGAUCCUUCCAUUAGCUUCUGAAUGGUCGUUGUCAAGGCCGACGGCGAGGGAUCGUUGUCGUUGCGAUCUGUUUUACCGUCUAUUGCGGCUGGGUGUGCGCCUUCUGCAACGUGGCCACAGCAUCAGCGGGUGGGUGGAGGCGCACAGAUCUUAGCCAGCACUCAUGAAGGUGCGAACUAAGAGCGCGGAUUGGGAGAGGGAUAGGUCGAUGGAGCUCGACCAUCCUCUCUACAGGGCUCUAUCAAGUGGUCGCAAGCGCACAAAUGGUGAAAUGGACGACUACCGGAGGAGUGACGAGAUUGCAGUUCGAACACCUCCAAAUUUUUCAAGAACCCCUGUUCACUUACGACUUUCAAUGAAUCGGAAGGAUGUGUCUCCAUAUGAUGCUGAAUACGACGACGCAGAGCCUCAAGAAGACGUCAGGAAGUAUUUGUCGAGGUCAAACAGUAGAAAGGAUAGGUCUUCUUAUGAGAAUGAAGAGCCUCAGGAGGAUGUGAGGAGAUACCUGUCUAGGUCAAGUAGCAGAAAAGCGAGGUUAGUGCUGGAGGCGGAGUAUGAGCAUCACGAGGAUGAACCCAGAAGAUCAUUCACUCGGUAUUCAAGUAAAAGGGAUAGACCAGUUUUCGAUUAUGAAGAAGAUGGUACGAGGAGACAGCUGUCUAGAUCCUCAAGCCGUAAGGGAAGACUGGAAUACGAAGCAGAUGAAGAAUACCCCGCGGACUUACUUGAGUACGAUGCAGACGUAAUUCUAAAUGGCAUGGAAGACCAGCAGUUAUCCGAAAGGAGAAGGGCUAUGUUUGAGCCACUUGGGCCCUCAUAUCGAGGACCUCGUGAUGGUUCUCCUGAUAGCACUCUUCCUCCACCUGAUUUUGAUAUCUCUACUUAUCCCCAAGGAUGGGUUGUCGGAAAGAAAAGGAAAUUGGUGAAUGUCGACGUCGUCGAAAGCAUGCGUCGUAUUGCCGUCCACGAGAUGAACCGUAAGGACCGGGAGAUUGGUGGAUUGAAUGAGCAACUGGAAGAAGAUUCUAAGACCAUGGAGCACCUUCAAAUUCAGCUACAACAGGAACGGACUAAGCGUAUGCAAGUUGAAAGAGAGAACAACAUGCUGCAGUCUCAGAUGAACAUGCUGGUGAAUAUGCUCAAUGAUGCGCCGGAGGUUGAAGAUGAUGAAGAAAUGUAGCUCAUAUAGGACCCCUUCAAUCGGUGUGUAUGUAUUGCGGUCUAAACUUUUUCUUGUGACAAAAUAUCAAAAGGUCAAAAAAUUAUUCAAUUGUGUGAUAUAGAUGUAUACAUGUAUACAUCAAUUGAAGUGCUGCCCUUAAAAGCAGUGCAGCAGGCUGUUUAUCUGUGCAGCUGUAGACAAAUUUGUCAAUUCUUCAUUAAUACGUCACAUUGUAGUCUCUGAUUGUUCAGAGCUGCAGGAAGAACACGAACCUCUAACUUUGAGAGGAAACUGCUGUCGUAAUCUUUACUGUUCAAUAGAUGGUUAAAUUGGGUAAAAA